AUGGCAUACAAAGUGGACGUGGAUGAGGCUGACGUGGCCGUCCUCAAUCAAAAUUUGGUCAAAUCAAAAGCCCUUUUCGAAAGCAUCAAUCAAUCGCUCACCAAAAUCUCCAAGAAAUCACAGGCAGCACACACAACAAUCAAACCAGUCCUAGGACAAGUUAAUAAAUUAACAGCAGCCAAAAAAGAAGUCGAAGGUGGGUUGGAUCUACUAUCAGAAGUGAGUCAAAGUGUUUCUCAAAUCAACAAUUUUGAAAAUGCCUUGAACAACAAUAUCGAAGUUAUUGGAUUAUUGAAAUAUGUAAACACGUUGAAACAAUCACAAGAGUUGUACAGUCGUAUCAAACCAAAAUUUAAACAAUUCAAGGGGAUAUUAUACAAUUUCCAAAACGUGAUUGAAAGAAGUGAAUUAAAAGUACAAAAUUAUAUCGAUACUGUUCUCAACCUAGAAACUAAUAGAAUGAUGGAUAAAAAACAUGAAGUUAAAGUUAUUUUUGAAUAUUUUAAUCAACAAGGUAAAGAUCAACACAUCGUUAAUAAAUAUGUUGAUAAACGUGGUAAUAAGAUUAUCCAGAAUUUGAAACUUGUUGAACAUAAAUUACAACCAACUAAAAUUGAUGGACCUUAUGAAAAGGGGACUAAGGGAUAUAAUCCUUUUACUGAAGCUGUGGAUAAUGUAUUGAAAGAAGAAGUACUUGUAUUGAAACAAUGUUCAUUGCCACCGGGGUUGAUUAGUCAGAUUCUGGAGUAUGCUAUACGCGAAUAUAAUCAAGUAAUGCAAUCGUUGGCCACGCAAUUGAGUACAUCCUUGACUGCAAACACUGAUAACUACUUGAUUCUUUUAGAGAUUAUUGACAACUUGCUUCGAGUCGAUUAUCAAUUGAAACAUCGAUAUGUUGUCAAGAGCGCCUCAUUUAGUAAAAUUCUUGAUCAAUUUAUAUCAAUCGGUUCUUCGAUUUUCCCAAGUUGCAUCCGAUCAAUUGAAGCCCAGUUUCAACACAUUACUCAAUUCAAUGAUUCUUCAACAAUUGGUGUUUCCACUAAAGCGAUAACUCUAGCUCGAAGAAUGUGUGAAUUUAAACAACCACUUUUGCAAUUGAUUCAAACGAGGAAACCAGGAGAUUGGAUUCUGGAGUCUCCACCAUUACAAUACAUAAGUGUAUUUAAUUCAAUUAUCACCAACACUACAUUUGAUGACAAGUCGCCGGAAUUUUUAUUAUCGUCCUAUUUCGCCGAUAUCAUUGAUUGUGUAAUGAUUAAUAUUGAAGUUGGGUUAAAGAAACCACAUGGAGAACAUUCAAUGAAGAAAUCUACUCAGGGGUUUAUCCUUUUAAGGAACUUGUACAUUAGUGAACAAAUUAUCAAUCGAUCACAAGAAUUAUUCCACAUUUUAGGAUCUAAUGGACAAGAGCGUAUCAAUAAGUUGAAAAACCGGUUCCUCAAGCUAUUCCUUGAAGAUUGGAGCUAUGCUUCCUACAUUAUUAUUGAACGAAUGACACUUAUUGCCACCCAAGCAGGAACAGGUACUAGUGGGGCUAGCAACCCAAACACAUCCAUAGGUACUGGGGGUGGACAAGCAACCAAUUUGUCAAACAAGGAACGUGAACAAGUUAAAGAAUUAUUCAAAAAGUUUAAUGAUUCGUUUGAAGAAGCAUUGGCUAAUUAUAGAGCUCUCGAAUUUGGUGAUUCUAGUUUGAGAAGUUUUCUUGGUAAUGAAGUGAAGAAAAUGAUUUUGAAUGCAUAUUUUAAAUUGUAUGAUAAAUAUGGAAAUUCUGAUUUUACCAAGAAUAGACUGAAAUAUAUCAAAUGGGAUAAAUUGCAAUUUGAAAGGUUGCUUAAUGAGAAGUUGUAG